CAUGGAGAACGGGGUUCAGAAAUAUUUUGUUUCAUAACCAAUUUUUAAACUUUGCUGCAAUAUUUUACGUCGUUAGAAGCUGCAUUGGCAACAAAAUACUUUUCAAACUACAAUUCAAGUAUCUAAGAAGACUUGGAGGCAUAGGUUGAUCUUAAAAACGUAAUAUUGACGCCAUUACUACUCCAGAUCACUGAUCAAUAGGGACGGACACCUAAAGAAUGCUCGCCAACGAUGGAAGACGAGAUCCCAUUUAGCGCCACCAUUCCUCUGCUGGGUUUUGGUGCGGCGACCAUUUUGCUGGGCUGCUUCUUCUGUUGUUAUCUAUGCAGAUUAAAGCAGCAGGCAAGGGAAGACAUGGGCUUUAGACAGGUGAUAUUCCAGAAGAAUAAAACCACCAUCGAUACUGAUCUGUGUCCUGUGUGCUUGGAGGAGUUUCAUUCAAAAGAUACGGUUGCACUCUGUCCAUGCGGUCACAGUUUCCACAAGCAGUGUCUUGUGCAAUGGCUGGAGCAGAAAAACUCUUGUCCGAUGUGCAAGGCGUCGGUUCAAAAACGAUAUGACGAGACCACGGGCCUUGUUCACGGGGGUGACGUGUCACACGUGUGACGUCGGCUCGGUUCCGUGUUAGGAAGCUGGAGACACAAAUUUCAGGGAAAAAUAAAAGUGUUCUGUUUUCACAUCGUAAAUGAUACUGUGCCGGGCCGUGUUAUGGGCAUUUGUAGCACAGGUAAAGUUCUAACUGCGGACGUGGCAGCCCAAUAUGUCAAGAUGCAGUGACGUUCUGAGAUAACACGUGACAAAGGUGCCUGCGUCACUUGUGUGACACCAGUUCUUGUUUAGGCACCGAAAUUUGGGAAAAACGAUAAUCGGAACUGCGUGUUAUUGCAUCCGUUUUAUGGGGUUUGAUAUCAUGUCAGGAGGUCAUCGUGUGUCAAGCUUCUAAAAAGUCUAAAAACGUGUCGAAUUUAUGGAAGUUCUGUGUCACACGUGUGACUUCUGUGUGUCACACGUGUGACUUCUGUUAAGUUACGUGUUAAGACACCAAUAUCGGGGGAACAAAACUCAGACUUCAACCCACAAGCUCCAUGUAAAAAGUAUCUAAAGCUGACGUGGUUGUGUAUUGGGAGCAGUCAUGCAUUGGGCCCCGAUUGAAUACAUUGGGCCCCGAUUGAAUACGUUGGGCCUUGAUUGAAUACAGUAUGAUGUAGUUAUGUAUUUGGAGCAGUCGUGCAUAAGGGCACGAUUGAAUACAGUGAGCCUUGAUUGAAUACAUUGGGCCCCGAUUGAAUACAGUGAGCCUUGAUUGAAUAUAGUAUGAUGUAGUUAUGUAUUUGGAGUAGUCGUGCAUAAGGGCACGAUUGAAUACAGUGAGUCUUGAUUGAAUACAUUGGGCCUUGAUUGAAUACAGUAUGAUGUAGCUAUGCAUUUGGAGUAGUCAUGCAUUAGAGCACGAUUGAAUACAGUGAGCCCCGAUUGAAUACAUUGGGCCUUGAUUGAAUACAGUGAGCCUUGAUUGAAUACAGGAUGAUGUAGCUAUGCAUUUGGAGUAGUCAUGCAUUGGACCCCGAUUGAAUUCGGGAUGAUGCAGUUAUGCUUGUGGCCCUAAUUGAACACAGGAUGAUGCGGUCAUGGAUUGGGAUCUGAUUGAAUACAGGAUAAUUCAGUCAUGCAUUGAGCCCUCAUUGAAUACAGGAUGAUGCAGUCGUCAUGCAUUGGUGUCUGAUUGAAUAUAGGCUGAUGCAGUCAUGCACUGGGGUCUGAUUGAAUGCAGGAUGAUGCACUCAUGCAUUGGGAGCAGUUAUGCAUUGGGCCUAAUUGAAUACAGGACAGUGCAGUCAAGCGUUGGGAUCUGAGCUGGCUUGUGCUUUUGAGAACCAGUUCGAUGCAUUCGUGCAUUGGGAUCUGAAGGAGUACUGACUUGUGCAUUUGAGAAUGCGAUUGAAUACAGCCUGAUGCAGUGAUGCAUCGGGAUCUGAAUAAGUCAUGGCCAGUGCUUUUGAUUGAAUACCGGCUGAUGCAGUCGUGCAUUGGGCUCUGAAUGAGUAAUGGCUAGUGGUUUUGAGGACCUGUUGAAUACAGGCUGACAUGCUCACAGGUGGUGUACAUCCGGCACAUCAGGUUUCAUUGUUGCAAGUCUCUCUAACGACCACAAAAUUCCUUGCUAUGUCUUAACACACAGAAUUUCUUUCUUCAUGAAUUAAAACCCUCUCUACAGAGGACACAGUCAUGAAAUUUUCACUAGUGAAUAAUCGUUUGCAGGAAAAGUCAAACUGUUUCUUCCCUAUCUAGUGGUUUUGUAGAACAAAUAAUGCAUUGCGAAUAAAUAAUACAUUGCGAAUUCAAGCAUUUAGCGCUGACGGAUGCCUGGCAACUAGAAAACUGUCAAUUGCAUGAUGUCACUGAUGUACAUGUACAUUGUGCACCACAUGAGUAGCUCCCUAUGAUGCAUGUAUUGUUGUGGAAUAUUGUGUCGUGUGGAUUGCCAAACUUAUGCUUCCAAAAUAUUGAACAAUUGUAUUAUACAAAUAGAGAAUACUCAUUUGAAGAAGGUAGGAAUUUUUGCAGACAGGUUGUUUUUUCCCUAAUAGGAUAUUGUCCAAAAUGGGGGUCGUUCGCACCCUGGCUGAGCAUAUGUUGUUGAUAUGAUUAUGAAACCAGCCGUGUAGUAAAAAUUCUUAACUGGUAUGUGACACAUUUUAAAUGUUACCGGUAUUUUCUUUGAAUGGCUUUUUGCACAGAGCCUGAUUUUAAGGAUGCAAUUACCCUAGGCCGUACAACAUUGAUUACUUGUUUAUCUGCUCCCAUCCCUUUAUAAUAUUUGGCGGGGCGGGAAUUGCGUUUGAUCACUCUACUUGGUGGUUUAUAUGGGGGGGGGGGGGGGGGGGGGACAGCUUGCAGCCAUCUACAAAUAACAUAUUUUUCAUGCAGAUUUUGCCCAUUUUUGGACAAAAAGGGCCAUUCUGACCCCUCAGAGAGCCUAGUAUCCCCAUGACCAAAAAGUUAUAUUCAGUCCUGGUGUAUUAAAUACUUUAAAAAUUGGCCUAGUAAAAGUCAAUAAAAAGGAUGGUGAUGAUCAACAAGCUACUUUUGUUGCCUGGCCUUAUUGUGUUUCAAUCGUUACAUUAGUGGCUUUUGGCCCAUGCGGGUCGUCAUGGCUGCAGGAUCUGCUUCUUGCGAUGGUGCUAUUUAUAGAGCAUAUUGUAUUAGUAUCAAAAUACUUACGCUCCAUAUAGUUUAUGAAAAUUGAUUCUCGAUAUCUUCCAAAAAUUUGCAUACGGGCGUGACCAUCUGAUUCCCAAGCUUUGAGAAACAAGGUAUUAACUUCAUGGGGCCUUUACCUGUUGUGCCACGGGCAUCUACAGGGAUUGAUGUUGCACAGUCAUGCAUUGGUUAACCCUUUAGAUCCAAGAACGGAUAUCCAUGGUCAGGAUCUAAAGGGUUAAACAGAAACAUGAAAUGAAAAUAAAGCCCGCUUUGAAACUUGCGGUUGCAGAAAUAACCUGCAUCGUAAAGGUUGUGAGGUUUGAUUUUAAGAAACGUCCAAAAAUAUUUGAUAUAUCAGUUUAAAAACAAUGGUUGUGGAGCUGACCUAAUCAAAAGUUAUGUUACAGUUUUCACUCAGAUAUGUCUUUCUUUAUGUUAAUACUCAAUGUGACAUUACAUAAGAUUGCUUUAUAAAGCUAUCGCAUCGUAUUUCAUGUAUACCGAUUUGCAGGUUCUCAAUUUUAUACAAAAAAACUUUCAUUGCGAGUCUGUUAGAAUAUCAUCGAAAGUUGAAGUAAAAAGUGUACUUUUUAUCAACGUGUAAGGUAAGUUGGUACAAAUAUAGCUCCUAUACAAUUUUAGCCUCGGUGUACGUUGAUGUGUACUACCAGGUCUUUUCAAUGCUGUAGAGGCUAUAAUUGUUCCACUUUACUUUAUAAUUGUACCAUGUACUGUAGAGUAGUGUGGGUUGAUGACCAAAUCUUAAAGGGACAAUUUGGGCAAGAGAUGUGUUGGUUUACCAUACAAAAAUGGCUUCCAGGAGGAUUGUGACUUGUCCAAAUGGUAUGAUUGAAAAGUCAUUGAGGUGCAAUAAUAGACAAUGCACUAGAAUGGGGUGUAACCAUUGGCCUGCCUGAACAAAUUCACAUGCCUUGUCCAAGACUGCCUUGCAACACUGGCAAAAUCAUUAUCAGUACUCGGCAUUAGUGUGAUACUACAGGUGGCAUGGUGGCAAGUAAGGUCAUUAUCCUCCUCGCCAGGAAAAUCCCAUGACCCAGUUGUCCUUUUAAGUUAAAGACCUAUGCCGUUUGUUCAACAUUUGAAAUUGAAUUUGAGACUUUCUGAUUAUGUAGAUCACUUCUGAAUCUCAUGAUGAUUGGGGGGGGGGGGGGGGGGUUGAACCUGCUCAACCCCUCCAUGUAUAUGCCUCUGUAUUUGUGCCACUAAUAAAAACAAUGUGCACAAAAGGCAUGGACCUUUAAUGUACAUUUUAAAUCACAUGGUGCAAAACAAUUUACCAGACAUGUAAUAUUUUGGCACCGAAUGUUGAUUAAAGAUUUGUCGAUUUUUAAUUUCAUGAUCAAAUUAAUAUAUAAAAAGACUUGUACAUAUUUUGUAAGCAACACUUAAUGUGACUUAUGUGCUACUUAUAAAUGCAUUUUGAAAUGCAUUGUAAAAACUUGUAUUUAUUUGUGUAGUUCGUAUGCCUGUAUGCGUGUUUGGCCCAGGGGGUCACUCCCAAAGAUGAGUAUGCAGAUCCUUGUCCAUGGAGAUUUUUAAAGCCCUUCAUGGCACGCAGGAUACAGGCACACAGAAUGUGGGUACCCAGAUUUGUUGAGGGACCCUCCCAGGAGUAUUUGGAAAGUAGUGGAGUGAAACUUACGAUUUUUUUUUGAGUGCCUAGAUUUAUUAAACUAGAUUUGAGUGGGUGUGGGAGUGGAAGUGAUAUUUGAAGGUAUUUUAGUGGUAGAGUUUUAGGUAAAUGAGGUCAUGGCUUAUUCAAUCAGUUCGGGGGGUGCAGUUGCUUGUGUGCCUUUUCAGGGCCCAUGAAAAAGAUGUGAAAUUUCCAAUUUCAGGAAGAUUUCAGACCUCUUCCGCACACUAAAUGAUCGAGUUAUUACUUGAAUGGAAAUGUCUCUUUCUCAACUCACUGUGGAGCUUUGCAUUUUCAAAAUUGGACCAAAAAUAAGCCUUUUAGAGGCAUUUCUGUUCAAGUGGGUGCUGAUCAAAUGAGAAAGUGUUUUUGCAUUGAACAAAUUUCAGACCUUUUGCCUUGUUCCUGCAUGAGGAAGUCUGUUUUUCAGAAGAAAAAACACGGUAAAACCUAUCUCGCCUUGCAUGAUCCAAUGUGUAAUUGUGACGUCUUUUGCCGGCUCAGUUUACCCUGUGACGUCACGAAGUCAUCGGCUGUUGAGGUUGUUGUUACGAUUUUGGCACAGGCCUUGAAAAGGCACAUGCUGUGCUGCACCAUCUACAGGAGUUUCUUCCACCCCUCAAUUUUAAAGUGUCUUUCGGAUAGAUCUGGCCAAAGGUACUUGGCUGACCUUGUGUCCCUAAACUACAACAGUGUCAUAACUAAUAGUUAAACAGCCCUCAGCACCUGGUGUCUUAGUUGACCGGAUUUAUGCAAGUAUCAAUUCGUUUCUUGUACCCCCCUCCUCAAGGGUAGUUAAGCUAUCACCACUAAUCUUUGCCGAUGCUUGAGUAGUAUUUAUUUUUCCUUUAGUGAAAAUUUGGCGAAGCUGGAAAGAAUAAGGAUGCUAAUGUGUCGAUGUCUUGUCGAACAUACAGCCUUACCCAGUAAAAUUAGUUCGGUUACUUUAUAUGACGGUGAUAACUGAUAUAUUGUUGAUGGUGAUGUCUUGACGAAAGAAAAAGUAGCAUUGGUGAAAAAAGGGUGAUGCUUGAGCCUUAAGAUGUCGUUAUAGGGUGAUAAGGUGUCGUACCCUUGAGGAGGGGGGGUACAAGACACGAAUUGAUACUUGCAUUAGUUGACACCGUGAAAAAGCAUUCAAUUUGUUAAAGUCUACCCUCAGGAUAAUCUAGUGUUAUGCCUACUACGUUUUGGUAAAUGUGAUCUGGUCACAUACCCGAGUUCAUCUGAGUACCUUUCGCCGAUACGAAAAACACUUCAUCCACCGCAAGGGAUUCAGCAAGUCUGUGUGGCCCGUAACCUGUAUAAUUAUGUGAAUCACCACCGUGGUACUGUUGAAAUGUAUGAGGCAUUCUUUUAAUUUAUUCAUAUACAUCAUCAUUAUUCGUAUACAUGAAUGUAUUAUAAAUACACAUAUUGCUUUUGUAUAUUUGAUACGUUGUUUUAAUGUGCUUUUUCGAGGUUUAUUUUGCCAAGGGUCUGUUAAAUAUUCAACGUAACAUAAUAUAGCAUUACAUAAUGUAAUGCGGUGCCCAGGAGAUACCAUGGCGUAGCGAGAUUGGAGUGUUUCACUGAGAUAGCUCGAUAAAGCUCUGCUGAUACGUGGCCAGAUUAUAAGAUGGUUCAAGAUAGAGUCAAGGCAUCUGUGAACGACGUCGGCCGUUUACGCUUUUGCCACCAUACCCGGCAUUUACCGGGUCUAUACAUCGUGAACUAUUGGCCCGCAGUAAUCCAUGCUGUCAAGUCCUACUGUUCACCACAGUCCCUAAUAGUUUUCAGUUGGUAACACCGGAAAAAAAGAGAUGGCCACACUGCACUUAAAACUCAAUGUAGACGUCUCCGUGGCAAAACCUAAGAUUGGGUAAUGCUAGUUAUUUCACAAUGAAUUUUUUCCUAAGCCAAGUUGGGAUUCAGACCACCCCGGUCUAUGCCGGCUGCGGGCCAGGGGUACCGAACCCUGUGGUUGCAAAGAAGUUAGUGUCAACAAAAGCAUUCAUAUUUCCAGACUCUUGGUGAAAGCAAACAGUCGUGUAGAUUAAAGCUUAUCUGUGUUAACAUGAUUUUGUGAUUAUACUUUUAUGAGAUUUUUAAUUUUCCUUUGUUUUGUACCCAGGAUUGGGUGUGAUUUGUAGUGCAGUGCCAGUAGUUGCAUCGUAGUGUUUGGUUUCAAACCUGCAGUGCCUGUGUUUGGUACCCGGGAUUGGUUGUGAUUGGGAGUGCAGUGGUUAGUUGCAUCGAAGUGUUUGGUUUCGAACCUGCUGUUUGCUGGUUCAUGCUGGAAUUCCCUAAAGGACAUGGUCAUGUACAUUUGAGAGCAACUCACAUGGACAUUUGAAUUGAAACGGAAUAUAUGCUUAAUUGAGGAAACAGAUAAAAACAGAACUUAUCAGAACAGAUGGUAGGGCGCAUUUGAACAGGACUCGUUUGCCUAGGAAGUUGUGCCUUAGAAAUGACAAUUUGAUUGAUUGAUUGAUUGAUUGAUUGAUUGAUUGAUCUAAAAAUACUGAUUCCGUACACCAAAACGUCAUCAGAAAGCUGACGCACAUCUGUUUAAAUCUCCAAAGACCUAACUUUUGAAGUUUUUACAUCACCGCCACGACAUACUUAAGUGAUGGCUGGAGGUAAUUUAUCAUCUCCUCCUUUAAUUCAGCAUGUUCUAUCAGUGUGUAGUAUUAGAUGAUGUACGAGAGUAGUAAGAGAGGCUUCAUCUGAAAUUAUGCUUUUCGUCAUGAUAUGUAUUGCAUGUAUUGUUUGCCAGCCAUCUCAUGACUUUACAACCGUUUUACCCUCGCAAUAUUUUUGAUAAAACGCGGUUGUGAAAGUCUUUCGAAAAUGUAUUGCUCAAUAUUGUGAAUUUUUAUCCAAUUGAAAAUGUCGUUUUUAGUUUGAUGCUGUUUGCUUGAAAAAUCACUUUCCUAACACAUCAAGAAACUGUGGAUGAUUCUGGGGGUGGCGUAAGAGGAGUGGUUGCCAAUAGCAUUCCGCGAAGUUACUAUUUAUAGCUCACAAGGUCAUUUGCAUAAGAUAUUGAUGACGUUUUAGUCACGUGACAGUCGGACACCGACACUUAUUUCUACGCAUUUGAGCUUAUUUCAAAGUCAAUUAUCUUUGACCCUGCAUUGUUUUUAGCAUGAAUGAUACCAUAGAGUCAGAGAGAGAAAUAUUCAGAACAAUUAUGUAGUAUUUCCAACACUCGGACAUGUGCCAGAUUGAAUCUAACUGCCCUAGUUAGAAAGGCUGAAUCCAUUACGAAACCGCAUGUUUGUCCGACAUUGCCUGUAAUUCAGCGAUGGGGAAAUAGAGGGCAGCAGCAGCAGUGACGUCAUCUUCGCGGAAUGCUAUUCAUCGAAAUUCGACAAUGCCGUGAAGAUACAAUGUACUGUGCUGUGGCAUAGCUAGAUCGGAAAGUUUCACGGAAAUACAUGUGGCUCGUUCAAUGGCUGUGCUGUCACGUUGUCAGCUGUGCUGUUCAGCAUUUUACUGGAAUUUCACCCAAACACCUGUCUAUUUUUUGUGUAGGGUGAUAAAAUGAAAGUGUCUUCAAACUUUUUGGGAAUACUGUAUAACACAGUGUCAGUUCUGCAAGGGUUAAUUUUCAAUGUAUGCCUGUGUGUUGUACAUUAGUACAAAUUAAAUCACAUCUUUGUAACUUAUUCAAAAGAAUAAAUGACUUUACACUUGGAUAUAAA